AUGCAGACGGCGAAGCUCUUCUUCCUCCUUCUCGUGGCCUCCCUGGCCGUCCUCGUCGCGGUCGUCGAAGCCGGCACGACCGUGCCCCAAGGUCCCUUCGUCAGGCCGAGGAGCUACGGCGACCACUUUGGCGCCUUCACCCUCUGCGGCGGACCCGCCCUGUUCGGCGGCAACAGGCCGCUAGAGACUUUCCUGAACUCGAUGGUCCGAGUGCCCGUCUACGACGACUCUCUGGGCAUCAUCGUCUCGAACUCCCUUCCUCGCAACCGAAACGUCUCCGGCAACGUCGCCCUCCUCAUCAACCUACGGGCGUUCACCCUGAUGCAAGUGACGGACAAGGUCGCCUCGAACCAGGCCUGGGCGUUCACGGCCACCAACUGCACCUACGCGCCGCUGGUCAAGGACGCCAGGUGGACGUUCUACAUGGCCUACAACGGAAGCAGCGUCUUCCCGGCCGACGCCACUGAGUUUGCCGGCGCCGUCGUCAACAAGCGCUACGCCGUGUGGGCCGGCGGCGAACUCGCCAGCGGCUCUGUCAUCAGCAAUGCGUUCGUUAUUGACAGCAACACGGACACCAUCUCCGGUGCCAGCCUGAGCGUUGCCAGGAGCGGAGUGGCCGGCGUGACCGCCACCGAUGGCACGGCCUGGUUCGCCGGCGGUGUCGACCGCCCCAAGAUGCAGGUGUUCGACACUGUCGACGUCAUCAACAAGGACCUCAACGUCGAAUCGGCCCAGUUCCAGCUUUCCGAGCCUCGCGGCUUCGCGGCCGGUGCGUCGGCCAAGGGCAUUGUGAUGAUCGGCGGCGGCAUUGCCAACUACUCCGACACCGGAAACGGCACCAUCGUGGCGACCUACUCGAGGACGGUCGACCUGUUCAACCUGUCCACCAAGAAGCGCACCACCCUGCAGCUGUCGGUCCCCCGCGGCAUGCUCACGGCGACUGCCACCACGGACUACAUCGUGUUUGCCGGCGGCAUCACCCACUCGGUCUACAACUCCACCACCUGGGAGCUCAUCGAGGAGACCUACGCCCAGCGCAUCGACGUCUACCACAUCGAGAGCGGCACCUGGUCGGUGGCCCAGCUCUCCCAACCGCGCGCCUAUCUGGCGAGCACGGCGGUGGGCAAUGCGGUGGUGUUCAGCCCCGGGUCCUACCACGAAGCGCUCGGCGGCAACAGCACGGGCGUCAACACCACCGUCGCCUACACCAACACCAUCGACGUCUUCCGCUUCACCUACACCUCCCCCGCUUCCUCCCUCAGGGCCUCGCCCAUCUUCGCCUACCUCGCUUCCCUCUUCGCCUAA